GACGACACGCGCUACGCAUUAGCAGUUCCUGGCACUUUGAUCAAGUUCGAACUAUUCCGCACCGAACCACCUACCUUACUCAUUAUUGCUCAUCAUGCUAUUAUGGAUGCUUGGAGCAGAGAAUGUCUCUUGGCAGAGAUCGACAGUGCUAUUUCAAGACAGCAGCUCCCUGAGCCCGUCCCAUUCCGAAAUUACGUGGACUACAUAAUUGCGGAAGGAAAUCAUGAAUCUGAUAUUGCUUGGCAUGUUGAUCGAAUCCGUACUGCAGACAUUAUCGGUUUUCCCCAGUGUGAAAAGUCGACAUUUACCAGUAGUUCUUGCCUUGGCCCCGACUUUUUGCGAGUCGAGCAGCUUUCUGGUAUGGCGAAAGUCACUCAAACAUACGGUAUCAAAUCAUCGACACUUUCAAAGGUUGCCUUUGCGUUGGUAAAGCGACACGAAUCGAAACGUGAUGUAGUGCUCAUCCCACAGGCAGAAGCGUGUCGAAGUCUACCCGUCAAGGGAAUUACAGAGAUGUGUGCUCCAACAUACAACAUCGCCAUCGACCGCGUCGAUUUCCUCUCAACCGAUACAGUACUCGAGCUACUGCGCCGUACCCAAUACAAUCAAGACAAGAUGACUGAUAUUUCUGCUGUCAACUACGAAGCGGUAUUAUCUGCCAUUGAACAAGACAUGACCCCAUUUUCUACCUCCAGCUACAACUUCUCUUCGAUAGAAGGAAAUCCACCCUACAGGGCUAUACAACCUGGACCGGCAGGAGCAGAGAAUGAUAUUGGUAUAGAAUGGACGACUAUUGUGGAGGGAGAAGUAGUCAAGGUUAGAGUAGACUGUGACCCCAUUUUCUCUGAUCGUGUUCCAGCCUAUGUCGACCAGUUCUUCGUGGCUGUUCGUUGGCUGGUAACUAAUAUUCAAGCCAGAAGUUUGGAGGGGUUGGAACUAUAGGAAGAGACUUGGAUUUUCUCGAGAUAACAGAUUAUAUGAUUAGGUGUGUACAUGUACAUAGAUAGCGAUGCACGAGACUCGGUCUGCUUGAAU